AAAGAGACUAUGAACAGAGGUAAAGUAAAAGAAAUGAAAGGGGCUGCAGCUUGGUGAUGAUGGGACGUUGCAGAGAACUUUAAGUAAUGCCCACAGUGCACCGGAUGAGGCGCACUGACGGCACUAGUCGCACUCGUCGUAGAUGAACGUAACGCUCUCUCUACACUGUCAAAGUGCUGUUAACAUGAGCGAGGAUGGGAGGAAGGAGUCUAAGGGUUCGCACAGCUUACUCAGAGAGGUCGUGUUUGCCGCUAUUGUAGCCGCCGCUAAAAUCAACGACGGGUUAGUCAUCGGCUGGCCCUCCAACCUGUCCAAAAUGAAGAGCGGGAAUAAUUCCUCCGGAUUCCCGAUUGAUAGUGGAGAGAGCAAACUCUCUAUCACAGAUGAUGACAUCGCCUGGUUGGCCUCCAUGAUGGGCCUGACCCUCAUCGUAGCGUGCUUCAUAACAGGCCCCUUGGACGAGAUCAUUGGUCCCAAACGCCUACUCAGUUUGAUCCUGAUUCCCUUAGCCGGGUGCUGGCUGCUGCAGGCAUUCACACCCUACGUCUCACUCCUGUACGUGGGCAGAGGUCUGACGGUCUUCUUCGGCGCCAUGAUUACCACGCUGCUGUCGCCGCUUCUUGCUGAGCUCUGCGACACCAAACAUCGAGGGAUGGUCGUCAGCUUCUCGGAGAUCAUGUUGGACUUGGGGCUUUUGGGUUCUUACAUUCUGGCUAAGUUUCUCUCGUGGAGGUUAGCCACUGCAUUUUCCGCAUUGCCGUUUUUCAUUCUGGUGGUGAUUACGCCGUUUGUGCCGGAGUCUCCCUUCUGGCUGGUGGAAAAAAAUCGAAUCAAAGAUGCCGAGACUUCGCUGCAGCGCCUCCGAGGUCCCAGAUCUUCGUCCGUAGCUGAAGAACUAAAUGCUAUAACAUCUACCACUCUCCAGAGAAAUCCAUCCAUUUUUGAACAGAUAUCCAAGCUGAAAAGGGCCAGGAAUGCUCAACCGAUAUUAUUAGUAUCUGUUAUAUUCAUGUUAAGAGAAAUUGGCGGAAAGGCUGUUAUUUUCACCUAUGCCGUGUACAUGUUCACUCGAACAGGUGUAGAAUUAGACGCCUUUACCUGCUCAAUCUUGGUUGGGGUUGUACGCCUAGUGUUUACUCUUUUAUCAGCCUAUUUCCUGGACAACAUUGGCCGUCGACCCAUCCUCCAGUGUUCGAGUAUUGUGUGCGGCGUCUCAGCCUCUCUGGCGGGAGUGGUCCUCAUUGACGAUUCAAGAGGUUCCUCGUGGAUUCCUUUGGCGGCUGUCUUGCUCUUCGUUGCAUCGUAUGGUUUAGGCUUAGGCCCAGUUCCUUGGGUACUGAUAGGCGAGCUCUUACCAACUCCUGUCAGGGUCCUCGGUGCUUCAGUGGUCACCUCCUGUGGAUAUCUCAUGCUUUUCGUCAUGAAUUAUGUGUUUCCUGACGUCAUCGAUUCAGUCGGUCUCGGAUGGACGCUUAUAUUCUUUGCUCUGGCUAACUUUGUUCUUGCAGCGGUGGUGUGGGCACACCUCCCAGAGACGAACAACAAGACGCUGCAGGAGUUGGAGACAAUAUUUUGCACUGCACACAACGAUGCUGCCUGCAAAAUGUGUCAGUUGGAAACCCCGCAGGCAAAUCUAACUCCCAUAGUGACAAUACCGUUAAACAGAGACCAAUCCUUAAACAGAGACCAACCUUGGACUGAUAUGCAGGUCAAUAAUGGCAAUGUCAUCGUCUUUUAUUAUAACACUGAAAAAGAACGAUAUUAAAAACGCUCUCAGGUGUUUGAAAUCCACAUUGAAUGACAAAAUAUGACUCAAUGUGCAUUGUACUAGAUUGCAAAGGUCUUUAAAUUUUGUUGGGGUACACUUUAUUCGGACACAACAAGUCGAAUUUUCGUAGCCUUUCGUUUCAGAAACAGGAAGAUAUUCUUAUUUAUCUCUGAAGUAUGCAGUCUUGCUGCGUAUUCACAUAUUUCUACCUGUUAAAAUCUUUGGAAGAUAUUUCUUGUCUGUCUGUCUCUCUACAGAAUAUAAAUUUAUAAUUGAAUCUCUGAAAUUGUUAAAGAAAAAAAAUCGAUGUCUGGUUAAAGAAAUUUUAGUUCCAGUAUUGUAGAGCAGGUUUGCCCCUUGUGGGUGAAGGCACAGAAGUGCUAUACUAUGAACUUCACAAUGAUGAUAUCCAUGGACCAGUUUUUCAAAUUCCAAUAAGUACGCUACCUGCAAUUGUGUUUGCUAAUAAAGAUACGUGAAGUGUAACAGACUAUGAAUGUCGACCGUUUCUUUUUCUUUACUUUUGCGAUGAAACAAAAGAACUUACUAGGCCAGUUUCCUGAAUGUUGUAGAUAGUCUACGAUCCCCAACCAUCUCUUUUACUUUUCCUUAUAGAAGAUUCAAUCAUUCCAAAGCUCUCCGUACUUGAAAUUUGUUGUUCGUUUCGAGAUAAAAGUGAAAACUUCAUUAUCCCUAAGAGAGAUUCAGAUACUGCUUCCUGCCAAGAGGAAAUGUAUUUUCAUUUUUAACUAAGUAAGAAGCUGCCUGCAGUCUAUUCAUGAGCCUUAUUUUCUAACCUCAGUGUUCUAUUCUAUAGUUCAAAUUCCAUUAUUCCUCUAUACAAAUAUAUAUAAUUCAAAAAAAGUUUUGCAACGUAAACUUGAAGGUUUGAUGUCCCUCCCUGCUUUAUCACUCAAAACAAUCCUUUAUUCGACUAUAUUUAAUAUUUUGUAUAUAGCUAUAAAACCUCAUUAUAGCUUCAUCAUUAUUUGAAUAUAACUUCAUCAUUGUAUAAUUUCACUCAUAUGUAAAAAAAAUGUAAAUACAAGGUUAAUUAACGUAUGGGUACCAAUUUCAUUAUCCAUAAAAUUAACCGCAAUUUUCAUCAAGGAAAUUCUGGUUGUUGAAAACAGGAAUUGAAAGUACGAGCAUAGUACAUAAUACAUUUAUGCAUAAUGUAACCGAGUAAUUACUUCUAAUUUAGUAUCAUUCUAUACUGAGCCACCCUGUAUUUAUACCCAUUCUACAUUUAUCGUCGCAUUUUUGUGGAGUAAAAUAUGGAACACUUUGUGAUAAGAAGCUAGGGACACUUGGAAAAAUUUGAACACCGGAAGUGUCAAUAUACUACACAGUCUGAAUUUCUUUAAAAUAAAGCCUAUGACAUGUAAAUAGCCCUGUUCUAAUAAAGUUGACUGAACAAUAACAAAUGCAUAACGCUCAAACUAAGCCAUUUUUGCACUGGGCGGGUUUACUACCUGGUGGAAGGUUAAUUAGACAAAGGCAAAGAACAUUCACUCGUCUUUGUUUGCGAUGCACUGUAGGCAUUACUUGAGGUUCUUUGCAGCGUGCCUUCGGCCCCCAGCUGCCUGCAACCCCUUUCGUUGCUGUUACUGUACCCCCUUUCAUAUUCUUUCUUCCAUCUUACUUUCCACCCUCUCCUAACAAUUGAUUCAUAGUGCAACUGCAAGGUUUUCCUCAUGUUACACCAUUCAAACUUUUCACUGUCAAUUUCCAUUUCAGCUCUGAAUGACCUUAUAGUUAACAGUGCUUGGCCUCUGGCCUAAAUUCUAUAUUCAAUUCUAUUCUAUAUUCAACUAUAGUAGCCGGUCGGUGAACGGAACUCAGCCCAGAAGCUGUGGUGCCGAGGCCAAACGUUCCUGAGUAGGCAUAGUCCACAGACCGUGGCACAGCCUAUGACAAAGGCCUCGGGAAGAUGACCGUUGGUUUACGGGAAGGGUAUUACCAAGGUAUAUAGAAUAAGACCUUGGGUAUUACCUGCCAUGAGCUGAAAUUUCGAUGGAGCCAAUCUUUGCGCUUCCCGAGAAGAACAGCAGUUUGAAUAGCGCGCUGAAGGACUUUCCAAAUGAAUUCUCUAGUCUGGUAGAUGAUAGAUUAAAACAUUAGUUUAAUCUGGCGAAUGUCCUGUACAACACAACGAUGAAAAGUUGCAUUCACUUCUAAGGAAAUCUUUUUAUUUAGUGUUAUUAUAAUUAGAAUUAAAUAUACACGGUACCACUUUUCUUAUAGACCUUCUAGUAUUCCUCUCUAUUCUUACCGCUGGUGCUUUCCUUGUAAAUUACUUCUAAAAACAGGAUGUUAUUGGUGCCUUCAAAUCUUGAUAUCUGCAAACAAUGAUCCUACAGCCGCAGAGUGAAAAAUGCAAUAAAAAAGGAGCACAUUUUUCCUCAAAAAGGAUUAAUGAAAGAUUUAUUUUCUCUUCGCAACAGCCAUUUAUUCAAAGUCAUAAAUGUGGGUGAGAGCAACAGAAUGUAAAAUACAUGAUUUAGUGCACAAGCCCGCGUCUUAUGUGGACGGGUACAACGCUACAGCCCCGACACCUACGCUCAACAUUCAUGUUGAUACUGAUACGAUGCAUCACGUUGAUGUACGAUGACAACCAAAAAUUUCAAACGAAGCGGUAGUUCAAAAUAUCGUAGGCCUUUUUGCUGGGACAUCUCUUGCAUUAGAGCAUCACUUCAAGGGUUAAUCAAAGCUCCCCAUAGAAAAAUAAAUGGUUCACGCCACGUGGACCACAUUUAUAGCGUAACUGUUAAUUCACCUAAGAUACAUAAAACAUACUUCAGUGACAAGUCUACGGCAAACCAAUACUUUUAUUUCAGUAUUUUCCUUUUGUUAGAUUUUCCUCUAACACUUCGUCUGUCUUCUUGAAAACUACUUGGACUAACACUUUCUGUACUUAAAAUAUAAGGCUAACCGUAUUAAAUGGUCCUAGUUA